AUGCCUUUCUCCGCUCAACAGUACUGGCAAGACGGCAAAAUCCACAUCCUUCUAGCAGCAAGCGGAUCCGUUGCAACGAUCAAACUGCCCUACAUCGCAGAAAGCCUGGGGCGGCAUCCCAAUGUCUCUAUUCGUAUCAUUAUCACUCAGUCGGCGGAGAAGUUUUUGAUGGGACAGAGUCCGGAGCAGCCUCCUUUCGAAACCUUACGGCAGAUCCCCGGGGUUGAAGCUAUCUAUCAAGAUUAUGAUGAAUGGAAGGAUCCAUGGACUCGCGGUGUUCCGAUUCUGCAUAUUGAGUUAAGGAAGUGGGCGCAUUUGCUACUUGUUGCCCCUCUCUCUGCUAAUACGAUGGCCAAGAUGACGAUGGGCUUCUCGGACAAUCUUCUUCUCUCUGUUCUUCGAGCUUGGGACACAACCGGAACUGUGGAUUCGAGUUUAAAGACGAGAAAGUCCCUUGUGCUCGUAGCGCCUGCGAUGAACACUGCAAUGUGGAAUCACCCAAUUACCCAAAAGCAACUCACUAUCCUACGAGAUGAAUGGGGCCCAUGUGAUUCGAACAAGGAGGGUUGGAUCUCAAUUCUUUACCCAACUGAAAAGGCUCUUGCCUGUGGGGAUAACGGAAAUGGAGCCAUGAUGGACUGGAAAGAGAUAGUUAGGGCUGUCGAACAACACUUUGGCAUAGGUGCCUUGGACACCUGA